CAGCGUCGCUUUCUGCUAAAUGCUGCAGUCCGUUGUUUUGCUGCUCAGAGGCGGCUAGUUUAAGUUGCCAUAGCACGGCGAUGCAUUGUCCUAUUUUUCCUUUAUUGCAGCCAAAGCCUAAAGACUCGCGUGUAACGUAAACGACACAUCGGUGGAAUUUAGACAUAAAUCUACCCGCUGGGCAUUUGUAGAGGUUUGCGGUCGUUUUGGCAUUAUGCGUGCAUUAAGCUUUAAGUUAGCUUGCUAGCAUUCAGUUGUUACCACAUGUUGCUAAUCAAGCAAAUCAUUAGUGGAUGAUAGUGCAUGGGGAUAAGAUAAUUUCGACUUUUUGGAUUUGACUGGCAAAACUCAAAAUGUCUCCGUGGGAUACGAGUGCAGUGUGUGUUUGGCAAAACCUUUUACAAUCAAAGCGUUUGGUUGCUAUUUGCACUUCUGUCGCUAGUAAGGGUUUUCGACACUCCCGUCAAUAAUCUUCAGAUUUGCCUCCUCGGUCGUUGCCAAACUAUUAUCCCAAAGUAUGGACACAUCCAGUGGCUCAGAUUCGUACGACCGGCGAGGCCACAGGCCGCAGGGGCGUGAAUCCCACCGCAGACCAGGACGAGAAAGGGGCAGAGCAAGUGGUCGAGCAGCUGAUGGCCGAGCAUCUGACAUCUCUGAGAAGAUAAGCACACUGUGCGACACUUUGCAGGACACCAAUCGGAACUUGAGCAAGGUGGACCAGAUGCUGGGCCAGUACAGGGAAUAUACAGACGACCAGGCUCAGGCCAUGGCUUUGCUUCGAGAUAACCUGGAAGAGUCCAUCAGCCAGCUGCAGGCACAGAGGUUGAGCAGGACCAACAGGACUCACAGUGCUUCCGCCUCCAGCCUACAUUCUAGUGACCUGGACGCCUGCCCUGGAUCAGACGGUCAUCACUUCCAGCCAACAUCUCCAUUGAGGGACUACACGGGAACGUCGGGAAGAAGGAGGAGGUCUCACUCUGCCAGUGUUCGCUUCAAAAAUAGCAGUUUGUCAGGAGAGGAUAUCCACGUUUUGCACCAGUCCUUGAGGGAUCUGCGCUGCGACCAACAGAGACUGUCUGUGGAUCUGGAUCGAGAAAUCCUCAGGAGAAAAAGGUCUGAUGUUGACACCAGGCGAACAAUAGAAAGCCUGUCAGAACACAUGACCACCACACAGCGACUGGACUCUACUUUGGAGAGAGACAAUGUCCAAGCCCAUGAGAGAGAGGAACCCAUGACAUACAGACAACACAGUGCAGAAAAGGAGAAGUUGAAGAUGGAGCAGGAGCUGGAGAGAGCGAGAAGACUAUUAGAGCAGUCAGAGGACAGCAGAGAAUCACUCGUUCAACAGGUGGAGGACAUGCGGGUUGAGCUGCAAAGGACCAGGAAGGAGAAGACGGAGCUUCAGAGGAUCUGGCUGCAGCCUCCUCAGCCCACGCACGGCAACUAUACUGGAAAAGAUGAGGGGACGUUACGCGAUGCCUUAGCUCUGGAAAAAGAGGUAGCAGAAUUGCGAGCUCAGCUGCACAAGACCUCGACCAAUAGUGAGAUCCAAGAACUGAAGAAGGCUGUUGACCGCAAGGAGAGGGAACGAGUCCAGCUGAGUUUACAGUUGGAGGGCUUGUCUGCAGACAUGGCACGGCGGGAGCAGAGGCAAGUGCGGAUGCUUGAACAACUGAGGGACAUACAGAGUCGAGAGCAGGCAGAGAGGACUGAGACUGAGGCGUUACUCCAGGAGAGCACAAGGAGCAGAGACGAACUGAAGGCCAGGGCCCAAAAAGCUGUGCGCCAAUGGAGGGCAAAGUGCAAUCGACUGCAGAAGGAGCUGGAGGAGGCUCGAGCCCACAUUGAGCUGCACAGUGACAAGGCAGUACAGGUAGCCAAAGAGAAGGAGAGCUCCCAGACUCAGCUGAAGGCGCUGAGCCAGCAGGCUGAGGCAGCUCGCAGGGAGCUGGCUGAAAACCUGCGACGUUUGGCCCAGCGUGAAGAGGAGCUGCACCGCAAGGAUGUGGAGAUGUCUGAGACCUGCCAGCGCCAGCUGGCUUUGGAGCAAGAAAUCCGGGAGGUAAAAGAGGCCUCAGCCGCCCUUCAGACAGAGGCUCGGCGUCAGUCUGACAUCCACUCAAGACUGAGAGAAGAGAACCUGAGGCUCGUAGAAAAAGCUGACGCACAAGCCCGUCUCUGUCAGAGAGACCAGAAUAAGCAGGCUGAACUCCAAGGCAAGCUGACACAGAUGACCUCAGCCCAUGCCCAGCUAGCGCAGCGCUUGACUGAGGAGGAAGCUUCCAAGAAGGAGCUUCAUAAGGUCACAGUGGAAUUGCAAGCCAAGCUGGCCGGGGCUCAGGAAGAACGGGACACAUUAAGGCAACAGCUGCAGCUCGAGAGAGAGGUGCAUGAAAAAGAGCUGGGCAACCUGAAGGCCAUGAUUGAGGAUGGCAGGACAAAGAACAAGGAAAUGCAGGAAAUGAUAUGGGUUUGCCGUCAGGAACGGGAAGAAAUCCAGGCACAUCUAACUGACUUUAAGGCAGGUGCAACGUCUGACAAGAAGUUGUGCGAGGCACUGCGUGUCAAGUUGGACAGGAUGAAAGAUGAAUGUGACAAGCUUGCUGCACAGCUGAGCGCCAAGGAGGAUGCACAUGCACUCCUCCACAAAAAGUACCAACUACUCGAACUGGAACUGGAUGAAGUGAGAUCAAAUGAAGGGAGACGUGCCUCAGUUUCAGAGCUUGUUAAGCUGGAAGAGAAGGUGGCACAGAUGGAGGCGGAACAUGCAGCGGCUCUGUCCUCCAUUGGUGAUGAACUAGAUGUAGCACUCCAUGGCCUUGACAGGAAUGGUGAAGACAACUUCCAGGCGACCAAGAAAGCUGGAUUAGUAAAAGACCCCUCCCUUUGGCUAGCAGAGACAAAGUCCAAGCUACGCCGGCUGCGUGAGGAGGUGCAAGAGCGCGACACAAGAGAGCAGCGCCUUCGGAGGCAGAGCCAGCACACCAGGGAUGAGCUGAAAGCACUCAGGCACACCCGGGAUGCAGACAGGGACACGCUCCUGCAGCGUCUGGAGCAACAGGAGAAGCUUCUGCACUCAAUCAGCACUGAAAAAAAAGAACUGUUGGAGGGGAGCCGCAAGAAGGAUGAAGCAAUGAGGAGCUUACAGGAUCGUGUUUUGGAUCUUGAGCUGAGCACAAAAGCAGCAAUGGAAUAUUGGAAAUCCAUGACACAGAAACAAUAUCUGAUGGACAAUUUCAAGGACUUAGAGGAGUCCCAACGGCAGAAGGAGGUGGUUGAGCAGUGCUAUACCAAACACAAAGAAAUUGUCUGGGACCUGCAGCACCAGCUUGAUGAGUCGAAACGCAAAAUCCAAGAGUACAGGGAAGAGAAACUGGAUGCCUCUUCCAGGAGCAUGAGAGUAGCUGCUAUGUCUUCCUCCAUGAAGAGCCCCAUCACAUUCCUCAGUAGCUCUGUGAGAGCAGACACAAUGUCUCCACACAAACGCCUAACCGCUUUCGACCUCGACGACUCUGCAGUCAACAUGGCCCAAUUCCAUGCAGAUCCUUUACAGCUCGACCACAAGUGAACUUUUUUUUUUUUUUGGUUUGUCUACACACACUGAAACAAACACGAACAAAGAAGCAACUUGACUGCACUUGUAGGUCUCAACCGUAAAUCCUCCUCGACUACCUCCAACACACAACUAGCGAUGGUGACAACACAAGAGAGACUGUAACAGUGUUAUUUAGUUACUUAUUUAUGCCAAUACAUACAGUGUAUGCAUACAGGACAUACUGUAAACCAGUGCCCUUUUCAUGUUUUACACAGUAUGCCAUGAUGAAGCCCCAUCAAAAUAUUGUAGUUUUUAUGUAUUAUGUGUGUUUGUAAAAGAAACACUGAACACCAGAAGUCUAUUUUCAUGAACUGUGAAAAGGUAUACGCACUGCAAAUAAAUCAUUUUCUUAAAAUCCAUCAUUGGAGAGAAAACAAACAAGAGAAAAAUGCCUUCUUGAGUAAGCUGCUGUGUAAAUAUUUCUCAUCAUAAUCUUGCUUGAGACGCUUUUUUUUUUUUUUUUUAGGCUUUUAUCACCCAAGUAAAUGUCAGAAGAUCGAAUAUCACAUUGGCACUAGUAUGAAGUUGGAUGUCAAAAUUAAAAGCGGUGUUUACACUUGCA